AUGGCUAUGACACUCUUCCAGUAUUUUGCUGUGGUAGCAGCCCUGACUUUUGUUUCAACCGCCACAACCCCAAACAACAACGAUGGAACGUUCACAAACCCUUCUGCUCAAGUCCGACCAUUCUUCCGGUACUGGUUACCAGAUGCCGGGGUUGAUCCGGCAGUUGUAGCCUCUGAUAUCCGCUCCGCUGCAGAGGUUGGUGCUGGAGGCAUCGAGUUCCUCGCUUACUACGGAUACGGAGGUGAGAUUGGAGGAACACCGCCCGGCUCCGACUGGGUGACAUAUGGGUUCGGCAGUGCAUCGUUCCAGCAUAUAUUGCAGGUGGCGUUGGAAGCUGCUAAGGAGAAUAGCAUGCUUGUGGAUAUUGCGCUAGGGCCGAACCAAGGACAAGGGGUGCCUGCGUCUUCAGAUGAUGAAGGGAUUCAAUGGGAUUUGGUGCCAUUCGUCCAGAGAGUGUCAGUUAAUCAGACGACUGAGCGUAUCCCAGGAUGGGGUGAAGGGCAACUAGUUGCCUGUGUCGUUGCAUCAGCAGACAGGAAGACAAAUGUGUCUAUGGUUGGUGGACCUGGUUCCUUAAGUGCCACGCCGUCGCAGGACUCAUACAUCAGGCUGGUCCUAGACGAGAGAUCCCUACAAGACAUGACACAAAAUGUGUCGUCAGACGGAAUCCUAACAAUACCGUCACGGCUGUCGUCACACGAGCUAUAUUUAUUCUCCUUCUAUCAGAAGAGAACCCUGCAUAAAGCGCUCGAGGUGAAGUCUAAUCGAACGGAUACGAUCCUAGCCAAUGGCUCGUUUGUGGUGGAUCAUUUCAGCAAGGAGGGAGCUAGGACAGUGAUCAAUUACUGGAAUGAUCACAUCUUCACAGAGGACAUACGACAACUCCUAGUGGAUGUGGGAAACUACGGCUGGGAGGACAGCAUGGAAUUCCAGUCCAACAUUUCAUGGACACCGAAGCUGCCUGAUGCGUUCUACCAUAAGUUUGGAUAUAACCUCGGGAAAUUUCUGCCGCUCGUCAUGUUCGGCCAGAACAAUAUAAUGGCUCAACCUGGUAACCCCGGGUUGGUAAAAGCCAUCUUUAAGAACAGCGAGACUACCAACAAAUAUAUCAAUGACUAUCGCUCCGCCCUGGCAGAUGGGUAUGGUAGUUACUUGACCACGUUGCGAGAAUGGCUGAAUCAGGACCUUGGACUCCAAUACUCAACCCAGGUCUCGUAUAACCUGCCUCUAGACGCAUUGACGAACAUACCAUUGGUAGAUGCCCCCGAGUGCGAGAGCCUACAGUGGAAAAGCAACAUCGACGGGUACCGGCAGUUUGCAGGUGCUGCAUAUCUAGCCGGGAAGAAGGUCGUCUCGAACGAGAUGGGGGCCGUCCAGUCCCGCGCAUAUUCCCUGACAAUACCAGAGCUGCUGCAAAGCGUGAACAAGGCUUUUGCUGGGGGUGUUAAUAGGGUUGUUCUGCAUGGCCAGCCGUACAGUGGGGACUAUUACGGUACUACCUGGCCGGGGAGCACGCCAUUUCAAUACGUAUUCGCCGACAUGUAUUCCCCGAAGCAGCCUUCGUGGAUGCAUGGGUUCAAUGAGGCCAUGGGCUAUAUUUCCAGAGCUCAGUUUAUACUGCAGCAGGGGAUUCCUAAAUUUGACGUGGCUUUUAUCAACAAAGAUUCCGCCACUGACCCCAAUUGGGCUACAAAAUACGGCCGGGAUGACCUUCUUGAUGCUGGUAGGCAGUACUUGCAACUAUAUACCACACCUUCACUGACCAAUAUUCCUCCAGGUUAUAUAUACACAUAUCUUUCCCCCGAUAAUCUCGAACUCCCCGAGGCCUCUGUCCACGAUGGCGUGUUCGCUUCGCAGGGUCCCGGCAUUAAAACAAUCAUUGUCACGCAAGAUGCGAACAUCACUGUCUCCGCUAUCCAUAGGCUGAAGGACUACGCGGCGAAGGGAUUACCUGUAAUUCUUUCCGGUGGUAGCGCACAGUAUUACCCAACCUCCAGUGAUGGGGGAGUCGAGGCGUUCAGGGCAGGCCUUCAAGAACUGGCCGAUUUAAGGGUUGUCCGAACCAUAAGAAGCGCCGAUAUCGCGAAAACUCUUGCGUCGCAUGGUAUCUCUCCUCGUAUCAGAGUCCAGACAAAUGGUACCUGGCAUACGACUUGGCGUGAGGAAAAGGAAUUUCAAGUGGACUAUGCCUUUAUUUUCUGUGAUGGAGGUGGUGCUCAAGGCAAAAUCAGAGUCACAACUGAUAAGUUUCCUUAUCUUCUCAACGCCUGGACUGGAGAACGCCAACCACUGGUACAGUACAAGCGUAGGGCUGGUGAUGUUGUCAUUCCCCUGACACUAAAAGCCAACCAAACCACUAUACUGGCAUUCAGCGCCCAACCCUGGGAUGAUAUUUACACACCCUCUAUUCACAUCGAGGCUGCUCCCAGCUCGGUCCUUGGUUACCACGUUGACCACAAAGGUGGAGUCGUUGCCCAACUGGCUCACACUAUCAAUGAGACUGCUCACGAGUUUUUGCUGUCCGACAACUCCACUAGAACCGUUCCGAGCACAUCGGCUGUCCAAUGCCCAUUCCAAAUUCGAAAUUGGACACUCACCGCAGAGCGCUGGGAAGCCCCCGAAAACAUGCAAAAUGCCUCUACAAUAGCAUCAAUCCGUAACACAACGCACCAUAUCCCCUCUCUACUUUCUUGGACUGAGAUUCCCGACCUCGUCAAUGCUUCCGGGAUUGGGUAUUACAGUUCCCAAUUCGCAUGGCACCACGACUAUCAGAACCAAAUUGGAGCUUACAUUACGUUCUCUCGUAUCCUCCACGCAGUCCAAGUCUUCGUAAAUGGAGAAAAGAUUGCACCUAUCGACCCAACUGCAGGAACUGCGGAUAUCGGAGCAUAUCUGCGGGACGGGGAGAAUGAGUUGCUGGUUGUCGUUCCAACUACGAUGUGGAAUUAUCUAAGGAGUAUCUUCCCGAAGAUCACUGAGUCAGGUGCGCCUCCUUUGUUGAGUCGCUUAGCUGCCCUGAUAGGAUUGCCUGAUAUUGUUCCUAAUGGAUUAACGACUUUCUCCCACAAUACGGUCGAAACUAUUCCUAAAGGCACAUGGCAAGAAAAAUUCCACGCCUUCUUUCGGUGGAUGUGUACACCACUGGGGGCUUGUAUCACAGUUUACGGUCUGAAUGUGGUCGCAUGGGGCGGGAUGCUCUUCCUCUUGAUGUGCAACGCAGCGCCUGCAAUGUGUCAUCCAAGUUGCGAUAGCCUUGACUCAUCACGACGAAUUUGGAUUGAGAUCGAUUCCCAAAUUUUAAACGCCCUAUUCUGUGUCACCGGGUUUGGGCUAGCCCCGUGGCGUAUCCGUGACCUUUACCAAUGGACUUUCUGGCGUCUGGGCUGGUCGGAAGGGAGCCGACGGAAAGGGCUCGAUCGCCUGGCUCAGAUUCAUAAGAACUGGUUCUUGAAAUCUCAACAGCCGAGUGUGCUUCCUAUCAAAGCUCCAUCGCAUGAUCCAGAGACUGAACAGACAACACCUACCCCGUUGUGGAAAAUGGAUAUCGUGGUCUGGGGUAACAUCCUCAAUACAGUCUUUCAGAUCUGCUUGGCUGUUUGCAUGUGGGCAUGGAAUCGUUUUGAACGGCCAAGUUGGACAACUGGUCUCUUUGUUGGUCUUGCUUGUGUUGUUGCUGGAGUUCCUGGGAUUCUGAUGUGGCUAGAGAAGAAACGCCUCAAAAAGGCUAGCGAGCACCCCGGUGCCCUUCUUUUGAUCCCUCGUGCUACACAACCAAUACUAUCAGGUGGGGUGGGUGGCGAGUAUACUUCUGUAAAGCUGGAAUCAUGA